AUGUCAAUAUCUGCGUUGCCACCAUCUUCAGCACACCUCCUGCGGUCCUCGUCUUCGCUUCCAGACCCUCUCUCCCUGGUCAAGGAGCUUGUUGAUAACAGUAUUGACGCGGGCGCUACAUCUAUCGAAAUUACGGUUGCUCCCAACACCGUCGACAAAGUCCAAGUCCGAGACAAUGGCUGUGGGAUACAGGUGGAUGACUACAAAUCCCUGGGGCGUCGGUCUCAUACGAGCAAGCUCCGAAAUUUCGACGAACUUCAUGUGAAAGGCGGCGAGACACUUGGUUUUCGUGGCGAGGCUCUUGCUAGUGCCAAUUAUCUGGCUACGAUCAAAAUCACAACUCGAACAGCUCAGGAUCCUAUCGCAUCGCUACUUAUCUUAAAUGUAAAAUCAGGUGGAAUUAGCAGACAACAGCCUGUUUCCGCUCCUGUUGGAACAACUGUCCAAGCUCUGAAUUUGUUUCAGAACCUUCCUGUUCGGAAACAAAAUGCUAUCAAAGUGAGCCGAAACGCCCUGGCAGAUAUCAGACGACUCUUGGAGAAUUAUGCGAUAGCACUCCCACACAUCAGACUCUCUUUCAAAGUGCCUGGGAGCUCAAUGCAGCCGUGGGUCUACACACCAUGCUCAGCACCAAGCACGCGAGAGGCAAUCACACAAGUGUUUGGUCACGCUCUUACUACUCAGCUCGUUGCAGUAUCAUCAGACUCUAGUGCCGGACGAAGUUCGACCGAAGUACAGUCGAGAAUUUUGAGAAUUGUAGCAUCCUUGCCCAAGCCUGACUCUGAUGUCAAGAUCAUUAAGGGGAAGGGAGCUUUCAUCUCGGUCGACUCACGGCCCAUUUCAUCUUCCAGAGGCACGGGAAAGAAGCUAGUUUCCAUUUUCAGAUCGAGUAUUUCGGCAGUCCUAAACUCACUUGAGAACUCACGAGCGCCCCCCAACGCAUUUAUGCAACUUAGCAUUCAAUGUUCACCUGGAUCAUACGACCCCAAUGUGACGCCUUCAAAAGAUGAACUUCUUUUCGUGGAUGAGGCAGCCGUCCUAAGCUGCUUCCAGAAUCUCUGUGAUUCUAUUUAUAUCAAGAAGUGUUUGGGUGGUAAAGAACCUCAACACAAGCUGAUGCCGGUGGAGAGGAGCCUGUCACCUCUACCAUGGACUUCAAAGACGGCUGAGCCAAGAUCAAGAGAUGGGACACAUCUGGAUAACAUGGAAAACGAAUUCCCGUUGACCGACCAAGAACCUGUCGAUGCUCUUAACGAUGAGCUUGAGAGAGUGCUUGGUGGUCCCGGCGUAUUUGGAAGUGGCGAAAGGGCUUCUCCCAGUGCUUUCGCUGUUCCCACUUCGCCCAAGAAAAACUCACGAUCUGGAAACCUGGACGAAACGAGAGGUCUUAAGAAAGCCCAAUCAGUUCAGGAGAUGAUGAGGACACGAUUAACAGUCAAUCUUUCACGGAGGGAAAGCGCUUCGACCGACCUGGACGGCACAGAAGGACUAAUUCCUGUGCAUGUUACACCUCGACGAGCUGCCACUCCGCCAGUCCGAGACGAAUUGCAAUCUAACUCUCGACGUCGAGGGUUGACUCCAGGCCGUCGUUUUGGCAAUAUCGAUGACUAUUUUCGCCCAUCAAGGGAUGAGCCGAUUCAAAUCGCAACAGAUGAGACUGCGACGCCCGAAAAUACACAAACAAGAAGCUAUUUGACGAGUGUUUCUCACAAUCGACGCCUUCCGCUGAAGGAACUGUCAGAUUCAAUCCUCAACAUGUUCUGUGAAGAUGAAGAAGAAGACUACGAAGUCGAAACUGAUGACGAGUCCUCAUUUGACCUUCCAUUUGCUGGGCCAAAUGCCGUUCCAUCUCCUCGCACAUCUCCACGUCGCGAGGCUCCUUCUUUCUUCAGCCAGCCUUUCAGGCCUCUCUUGGGGCAGCAGCCAAUCCACAAUUCAAUGCCAGACUUGCAAUUAACACUAUCGGCAAAUUUGCAAACACCGCCAUCAUCAGACCCUACUAGUGCCGAUAACUCAACUCGUCGUGAUUCUCAUCGACAAUCCACCAACAAUAUCUUGGCCAGAGUCCAGAGGUCUUCUCGGGGUAAUACGAUACCAUCAGUCAGCAGAAGAAGCGGUGACGAGUUGAGACAAAGCCGGCUGCUCCUUGGAAGUGGUCCCACCGCAUCCCAGAGCAGACGUCGAUCAGAACAAAUUUGCCAUGGGGAGUUGUCAUCUCAGGCCUAUGCGCAAUCUUGGUUGUCCGAUCAAGCACCACACAAUCAUCUAUCCUCUCGCGAAGGCAUAAGGGAUUCUGAACGAGGUCAAGGCCAAGGCAACAAGCAGAGGUCACACUCUCUACAAGUGUUACUUCUGAGAACACUACCACCACAAGCCACAGGGUCAGACCAAGAAGCUUCUGGUGAAUACAGCCCAGUACCACUAGAUCGCAUACAUGACCAGUACAAUGAAGAAUUCCACCCGAGGUCAUUCAAGCGACAGCGACGCUGUUCAAGCGCUUCAACUUCACAAAGCACAGAAUUGGAUACUAGACGCCUUCUCAUGAAGCGACAGCGUAUUCUUGCAAAUGGGGGAAGAUUAAAACGCAUUGCGUCGACAAAACUUCCACUUGAAACAAUAUCGCAAACCGAUUCCACGGUGAACCUUUCGAUCAAGGUUAAGGUCCAAAUGUGCGAGCUACGAGCUGCUACUCUGGAGUUUGUAAACUCUGGCCUGGCUACGAAGCAAGACCUGGCCAUACAGUUCAAGAGCAUGGACGAGGUCCAAGAGGUUGAAAGGCUAUUAAAGCGAGUUACGGAGUCGUGGCUGAAAGGGAACCCAUCUGUCGAGGUGGAGUAUAUACUACGAUCUGGAGUAAAAGGCAAAUCGAAGGCGUAA